AUGGGGGACCCUGUCGUUGUCUGGGCAUUUGAUUUACCGUUUAUCGCCGUCUACCGGGAUUACUACGCUAUGGUCGGAUCACAUUUGCGAAAAUAUAUUUGGCUGGUGACGAAGAAGACUAGUGGAGACGCUCUGACACAUAAGGGAUUUCACUUCGGAGAGAUCGUGGCGCGACCUGACAAAUUGCCGCAGGCCGUCAAUCCCAAGACAACCCUACAUAUCGACGCCGAGGACUACGACUGGACGCACUUCAAGGAUGCCCCAAGUAUGCGUUGCGUCGCUAACAAUCUUAUCCUUACAUACUACCACGGCGAUCUCACCUUGACGCGCCCGACUAACAUUGCCGGUGUCGGCGCCCUGGCCCGGAUCAUCCAAUUAUCCUGGCUUGGACGGUGUUCCGUGGCAGAAACCAGGAGUAUAAGAACCUGGCCCUUCCCCACCGUCACCGAGCCAGUUAGUUGUCCUCAAUCCAGUCCUUAG